GCUCAGGGAUCUGCCCUGGGAUGCUGAACAUGUAUUUUGGCUCUGCCUAAAAAUAAGAACCAUCUGAAUGACAGCCGUUUGAGAAAUGGAGGAGGGUUACAGGGUAUAUAUCCUGCCGAUUUUAAAUUUAUAAUUGGAUUUUUAAAUAAAUAUUGUACGACUAAACUCAAGCAGGGGACGCGGGUGGCGCUGUGGGUUAAACCACAGAGCCUAGGACUUGCCGAUCGUCAGGUCGGCGGUUCAAAUCCCCGCGGCGGGGUACGCUCCCGUUGCUCAGUCCCAGCGCCUGCCAACCUAGCAGUUCGAAAGCACCCCCGGGUGCAAGUAGAUAAAUAGGGACCGCUUACCAGUGGGAAGGUAAACGGCGUUCCGUGUGCUGCGCUGGCUCGCCAGAUGCAGCUUGUCACACUGGCCACGUGACCCGGAAGUGUCUGCGGACAGCGCUGGCUCCCGGCCUAUAGAGUGAGAUGAGCACACAACCCUAGAGUCUGUCAAGACUGGCCCGUACGGGCAGGGGUACCUUUACCUUUACCUUUUUAAACUCAAGCAGAACGAAAACAGAAAACUAAAUUCUGCUCCCCUGGUUAACCAAAAACAAAACAAAACCAGACAUCACUGCUUUACUAUAUCUGUGUACAAAAGCAUACAGACAAUGCAAGUAAGUUGUCUGGAGGUGAAAAGUAGGAGCACAGUCGACUUAAGACUAUGUACAGCUAAUACACACACACACAAACACACACACACACACACACACACAUUAUUGGACCAUUUCUGUUUUUCUCCCUUUUGCGUGCAUAGAGAUCUCAUCCCUGGCCAUUAGCCAUGCUGGCUGGAGCUGAUGAGAGCUAUAGCCCACAAUAUCUGGAAGAGACCAUGUUGGCUACCCCUGGAGCAGGCAAAAUUAUAGUAGAUGAACCAGCGAUCUGAUCUGAGAUGAGAACUGCACACAGAUUCUGGUUAUGAAGGAAGGAAUUUAUCCAGCCUGAGGUGGCUCUGGGGUUUCCCUCUUGUAUUGACUUCUUGAAGUUCUGUUGGAAUCUCCCGUGGCUCGGCCUCUGCGUUGGAGAACUUCUCAGGUGCACAGCUGCCGGGGAAUCCUUCGUAAGGUCACGUCCUGCCAGCAGAAUCAACUUACCUCUAGGUAAUUUUUUAGUGGCUCAUGCCCGACUGAAAGCCGAUCCCAUUGUGGCUGAUAACCUCCUGUCUUGCAAGGACUCUUCACCUUUUAACCGGCCUGGUUUUGACUUGAUGAUGAUUGUUUUCAAUCUGAAGCGCCAGCACUGAACGGCCCUUCUUCUUCCCCCCUCCCCUCCUUUACAGCAGUCGACAAAGAUGUCCACCACCAAAGUGCCCAUCUACCUGAAAAGAGGAAGCAGGAGGGGCAAGAAGGAGAAACUGCGAGACAUCCUCUCUUCAGACAUGAUCAGCCCACCACUAGGGGACUUCCGGCACACGAUUCAUAUUGGCAGCGGUGGGGAGAACGACAUGUUUGGUGACAUCUCAUUUCUCCAAGGGAAGUUCCACCUCCUGCCCAGGACAGAGGGCAACGUGAGUCCAGGUGGCACCAGCCAGUAUAUGGUGCCCUUCGAGUUCUCGAGGACCGCUACCAUCUCAGGUUACGAUCCGCCGCCUUCGGACAUCCCCUCCCCUCUCCUCAAAAACGCCAUCUCCCUGCCGGUCAUCGGUGGCUUGCAGGCGCUGACCCUGCCUUCUGCUCAAGCCCCGCCCAAACCGCCGCGCCUGCACCUCGACGACAAAGCCCAAGCCGCUCCCCAGACGAAUGACCUUGCGCUGAGUCCUCCCUGUGCUGUGUCUGCUAGGACUUCGGAACCCCUUGGCACCGCCAACGGCAAGUGCCCGGCCUCUGUGAAUGGGUUCUCAGGGGAAGAAAACAAAGACAAGGCUUUCAUGUCCCAUGCGGGCUCCCUGCUCUCCCUUCACGUGGACUUGGGCCCGUCAAUUUUGGACGACGUCCUGCAGGUGAUGGAGAAGCACCAGACAGCAGAUGUGGGUGCUCCGUUGCAGGAUUCUGGCAGACAGGAAAUCCUGACGUAAUGAGAAAGGCGGCCAGCGGAGGGGGACCUGUGACUUUGAAAGCGCAGCCUUUUUGUACAUAAGAGAAUGUUUUGCUGUUAAAUUGGGUGACUGGGGUGCGUGUGCAGGCAUGGAUGUGUGCACACACACCUGUGUGAGAUCCUUUGGUGCAGCUUCACUAGUAAUAUAAUUCCUCCCAGCUUUCAAAGAGCAUCUUGCAGAAUGCAGGCUUUCCUCCUUACAAUGCAGCACUCCGUUUCGACAAAAGCUGAGAUGGGUCCCUGUCUUGUGUGCUCUUGGCAGGCUCUACACACAUAAAAACACACCCUUCUACUGAAACUUGUAUUGGAAGCAAAGCAAUAAAUUAAUAAGCAUCUGUUAA